GUUUCUAAAGCCAACUGUCAUUAUUUUUUCAUGCAGAAUUACCCCUUAAAGAUUGUCGCACUUAUUUAAAAACACCGUGUAUUGAUGAAGAACAUGUCUAGUUGUUAAAGUACCUAACUUUUUUAUUACCCAACAUAAACGAAUGAAUCAAAAAACAUAAUGUUAAGAAAACCUGAGGCUAUAGUUGAUUGGUACACCCGUUUGAUUGGUACACCCGGUAUACAAUGAAAAUUUACCUGUUUAGCAACAAUAUUAUUCCAGUGGUAUUUUUAAAGAAUCAGGCUAUAACAUGUUUAAAAAAUCACUUAAAUCAGCCAACAGGCUUAGGAAAUAUAUUGAGACAUCAAAAAUGACCGAAUUUUUAAGUGGGCCGAUUUCUAUGCACGUUAGUUUAUUUAUGUCCAAUUAAUCCGAAAUAUAUGAAAUUUGGUCCGUCAUAUUGGAUCGGCCAUUUUGAAUUUUUAAAUUUUGACAUCGAAUUCGUAAUCAGCAAGGAUAAAAGCCUUAUAGUACACAUGCAUGUCCAAAUUAAUAUGUAUUUAGACUUUUGGAGAUGUUUUCGGCAAUAGGCAACUGAAAAUAAGAUUGCAGCGCCAAAGUGAGCAAUUCUAGAACUAUAAAUAUUGACAUGGUCGUUGGUGUUUUGCAUGAGUUUUGUAUUUAUUGAAUGUUAAAAUAAUUUUUAAUAGUAAUAAUUCAUUAGUAAUAAGUUUAAUACGUUAAUAAGUUUUAUAAUAAGUUUAAUAGUAAUAAGUUUUUAAUAGUAAUAAGUUUAAUAGUGAUAAGUUUUCAAUAAUAAUAAGUUUUAAAACCUAGUAGAUAUCCUUUGUUAUAUUAAAUUUAUUUUGUAAUAUUAGGACUUUUAUCGUGAACGGCUGUAAUUAUUGUUUAUUUAUUUUAUAUCUUAGAAAGACAAUACGUAUAUUUUUUUUCUCAAUUCAGUGUAACCCUGUUCAAACAAUUUGAGAUCAAAAUGGCAAGACUAAGGUUAGUUGAAUAUUUGGAGUAUCUUGGGGGCACAAAUACUUCUAGAAGUGUCUGUGAAGGCGAAGAAGUAUUAAAUGCUGGUCAUGUAAUUUUAUGUGGAAAAUCGAAUUCUUCCACUUCCGAUAAAAUUCUGAUAUACGCUUUGUGUCUUCAAACUAGUGCACUUACUUCAGAUCCACAUAAAAUUCGAGGAGAACUACUUCAAUGUAAUUCAGAGAAAGGCACCAUCAAAAUCAAGAGCAUGUUUUGUUCCUGCAAAGCUGGAGCUAGUGGUAGAUGUAAGCACAUAUCUGCUGUUUUGCUCAACUGUACAAGGGUAAAUCUUGAAGAAUUGGAAGUAAUUUCCCAAACUGAUGUGAAAUGUGUUUGGUCAACACAGAAACAUGUGACACAAGAAAAAUACAAACCUGUUCCCAUAAAAGAUAUGCCAUGUUUCAAAAAUAAAAUUGAACAGUGUCACUUAGAAUUGGAUACCAAUAAAUUGCAUAAUUUUUUCACGGGCCAGUUACCUCAAUCUGCACUUUCUAAACAUAAUAUCGGAAGAAGAGAAGUUGCUGACAUAAUUGUGGACAAAAAAGUAGGAUCUGACAUAAAUAAUUAUUAUAUCCAAGCAAUUUUGGACAAUGCUUGUCAGUCUAUAGCAAUGUUAGAAGCUUCCAUCAUUUCAAUAUGUAAUGAAAAUGAUUGUUGUAAAGUGUUGUUUUCAAAACUUUUUAAUAUGACUUCUGAUACCAUCAUCAAUAUAAAUCAACAAUCCAAAGAGUGGCAUGAACAGAGAAAAUACCGAGUAACAGGUUCCCGAAUAUAUGAAUUAUAUACAUAUUCGAAAUCUGAGUGGGACAACAAAGCCACAAGAUACUUUUAUAGUAAAGGCUUCAGUAAUAAGUUUACCAAACAUGGUGUGAAAUACGAAGGUGAUGCUAAAGAUGCCUUUGUUUCUCAAACAUCCCUCCAAGUUGUGGAUUGUGGAAUGAUUGUUUCACAUUCUAAUCCUUGGCUUGGCUAUUCUCCAGAUGGUGUGAUCUUUGAGAACAACAGACCUGUUGCCCUACUUGAAGUGAAAUGUUUAUAUCAAGGGGCUACUAAGAACAUCAAGGAAGUGCUGUCUACAACAAAAUUUAUAGAGAAAAUAGGUAACACAUAUGUUUUAAAAAGAAAUCAUAAAUAUUAUGGACAAGUUCAACUAGGUAUGGCAUUACUGAACGUUCCUACCUGUUACUUUGGUUUAUAUGCUUCUUUUGAUAAAAGUAUGGAAAUAUUUAAAAUAGAAUUUAAUUAUACUUUCUCAAAACAAAUGCUCACAGUGGUAAAGAAAAUUUUUUUUGAAAAUAUGUUACAUGUUGUUUGUAAAUCUAAUAAACUAUAGUUAGGCUGAAA